UAAGUUCUACCACCUCGGAAGCUCGCCGCCGGCGACGAUGAGGUACGGCGAGGUGGUGCACUUCAGCCACCCGCAGCACCGGCUGCGGCUGGAGCACGCCGACACGCCGUUCCGGUGCGACGGCUGCCGCGAGGUCGGCAUCGGCGCGCGCUUCCGGUGCCCGUUCCCGGGGUGCGACCACGACCUCCACCGCCAGUGCGCGCUCCCGCUGUCCCCGCCGCCGCCGCCGCUCCGCCACCCGUUCUACCCGCGCUGCGCCUUCGUCUUCCUCGCGCGGGCGCCGGGGGCGCCCGGGACGCGGUACUGCAACGCCUGCGGCCGCGACGUCGCCGGGUUCGUGUACCACUGCCGCUCCUGCGGAUUCGACCUUCACCCGUGCUGCGCCACGCUGCCGCACGUCCUCGACGCCGGCGGCGGGCGAGGGGGAGGAGGCGCGGCCGCGAGGCUGUACCUGCACCCGAAGGCGGCGACGGCGUGCCACCGGUGCGGGCACCGCGGCCGGAGCUGGACGUACCGGAGCAGCUGCAAGAGCUACAGCCUCCACGUCGCCUGCGUCAUGGACAUGCUCGUCGAGAGCUGGCACGGCGUCGGCCGCCACAAGGGCGCUGGCGGCGGCGGCGGCAAUGUGUACGACGGCGCGACGGUGGCGGGGAGCGGCGGGUACAGGGUGCCGGUGAUACGCGGCGCGGCGAAGAGCAGCCACGCGAGCAGGGGAGGGUCGUCGUCGUACUGGGGCAGGAAGAGCAAGGUCAAGCGGUGCUGCGAGAUCGCCGGCUUCGCGGCGCAGGUCGUCAUCUCAGCGGUGCUCGGCGACCCCACCGCCCUCAUCGCCGGCGUCAUCGGCUCGCUCAUCGCGCGGUGACCUCACCUCACCUCAACUCCGGCGCCGCCGCCGCCGCCGCCGCUGCCCGGCCGCCCGGCGAAAGGAAAAAAAAAUGUAAAUUACCACGUGUACGCACGCACGUAGCCUACGUGGCAAAAUCAACUCGUGCAAUAACAUAACCCGUGUCCACGUCAGCCGCUGCCGAAUCGCUGUCCCCACCAAACUCACCUUCCAUUUGAGCUCCACAGUGUUGAAUUGUAGGUACCAUGCUAUUCCAUCUGGGCCGAGUGUUAACUGCAAGUACCAUGAUUUUUUUAAAAAGUUUUUUGCUUUUAAUCUCCUUUUAAAAUCGUUUUUCAUAGUUGAUGAGGUAAUAUUUCUGAUUCUAUAGAGCACUUCUCAUCAACAUACACAGUGCUCUACACUGGUUCAAAAGCAAUA